AUGAAUGAGCAGCUCCUGAAAGUUUCACCCCCUCAGGUAACACUUAAGUUCGAUAUUUAUUCUUUUGACUCUGUUUUAGACAACGACGAAUGCUCCACAAACUCUCACGGCUGUGACGUAAAUGCUGUGUGCAGUAACACGCAUGGAUCUCACAAUUGCACAUGUAAAGCUGGGUACGCUGGAGAUGGCAGAAAUUGCAGUGACGUCGACGAAUGCUCCACAAACUCUCACGGCUGUGACGUGAAUGCUGUGUGCAGUAACACGCAUGGAUCUCACAAUUGCACAUGUAAAGCUGGAUAUUCUGGAGAUGGCAGACAUUGCAGUGCACCGUUUGUAAGUGCAACAAGCUCCUGUGCAAAUUUGUUGACGAGUCAAACUAACACAGAUGGACAGAUCAAGUCGAAUCUACUGUCUGGGUCUUACAGCAAUAACCUGGAUUGCCGGUGGAAUUUAAGUUCAAAUGCAGCGAUUGAACUUACUUUUCUUCGUUUUAACACUCAACCGUCCGCUGAUUUCGUAACAGUUUACGACGGUGGAUCGUCUUCCUCUCCUCUGAUUGGUACAUUUAGCGGAUCUUCUCUCCCUUCAGCCGUUCAAAGUUCAUCCAGAAAUCUUUACGUGAGGUUUACAUCUGAUGGCUCAGGAACUUAUCAAGGAUUUCUCGCACAUUACCGAGUUAUUUCACAAGGAAGCGUCCGUAUCAGUGGAAGUACUUUAUCAACCGGUAGAGUCGAAAUCUUCUACAACGAUCAGUGGGGCACUAUAUGUGAUCAUGGUUGGGAUAUAAAUGACGCCAACGUGCUGUGCAAGCAGCUUGGUUUCCCACAAGCCUCGCACGCGUACAGUGGCGCAACUCAUGGUCAGGGAACCGGCCCCAUAUGGAUGGAUGACGUAGCUUGCUCAGGGAGCGAGUCACAUAUCUAUGACUGCAGUCACCGUGGAUGGGGAAACAAUGCUUGUACCCAUAGUAAUGACGCCAGUGUAAGGUGCUCUUACGGCUUUCCUGUGGUUCGCUUGGCAGGCGGUGGAAGUAAGUCUGGUCGGGUUGAAGUUUAUUAUAACGGUCAAUGGGGCACAGUGUGUGAUGAUAGGUGGGAUAUGAAUGACGCAAAUGUGGUGUGUCGUCAACUUGGCUUCUCCAGCGCGUCCUCCGCUCCUGGUAGGGCAGCAUAUGGUCAGGGAUCAGAUCCAAUCUGGAUGGAUGAAGUAGCCUGUCAAGGAGGCGAGUCUUCGCUAUUUGCAUGUACUCAUGCUGGUUGGGGAUCGCACGACUGUGGUCAUGGCGAGGAUGCAAGCGUUGUUUGUAACGCCUAGACUGCUAAAAACUCUGCGUAAAAAAUGGUUUAAUCAUGUAGUAUCUGGUCCCUUUUGGUUGAUUAUCUAAUUUAGCAACAUAUAUAUCACUACAGUAACUAGAGGUUGGUCUAAAUUUCAGUUUGAUUCAGUUUAUACUAUUCGUACAAUUAACUCUCAUCUACAGAAGAUAUAUACAGCGAUUGUUUUCGGCCUUGUUUUUAUUAAUACAGUAGGAUGAUUAGUUGGGUAACACAAGAGAAAACGAGGGAACAGCCCCAUAAAUUGUCUUUAGGACUUGACUUUCUUAAUCAUUGACUUCAUAGUUGAGGAUCUCAGUAAACUGAGACGUUUAUAAGUAGGAAAGCUGGAAACUGCAUGUGCAUAGUCCGUUUAACCGCUAUAGAUUAUGUCAAGUAAUUUCGCAGAUAUCCUCAGCUGGUGCUCCUCACAAUCCCUUGACCAGUCGCCGAUGACCAAAAGUUGCUUUGCUACUUAAGAUUUGUACGGAUUUAGGGCUUAAGGUGCUUUUGGAUAUCAUGAGAUUUUAGGGUGAACACUUAUAGAAUCAUACGACCCUCUUCGCCAAAUAACUACUUUGCGUAGUCACGAUAAUUGGUAAAUAUAUCGUAAGAGAUAUAUUUAGAGGGUAAUUUAAAGGCCAAAAACUCUUUUUAUUCUCCUCGUGAUCUACAGAUCACCCAAACAAACUUUAAAAAAUUCGAUUUGAACAAAACGCGAUUAUUAUUACUGUUUCUUUUGUCUGUGUGUAAGGUCUUUUCAAGAUUAUGUUUUCGCGGUAAACCCAUGCCACUGAUAAGAUAGACGACGAGGUCAUGUUAUGUAGUUUAAGGAAUCUGAGUUUUGUUAAUUUUCAUUACGCGAUGCAUUUACAAAAGGAAGGAAAAUAGUAAUUGCUCGCAUCUUCCCGUCUUGGCUUAGAAAACUGUCGACUCAACUUAUUUUAACUUGAGUCACAGGAUUCGUAGGAGACUAACAUACCAAAAUUGAGGCAUAUUUGAAAGCUUUCGAUAAUUAUUUUUUCAAAUUGCGCUUUGUUCAAAUCGAGAUUUUCUUUGGUAUGUUUGAUAGGAGUCUUAAAGGCGCAAAGUAUAUUUGUGUGAAAUUAAUUUGUGACAACUUCAAGGAGGAUAGAAUUAACAUUUUCACAUAGUCAUUUUUCAUUUUUAGCAAGGGGUGGGUGAUGGGUUAACUUAAAUUGCAAUAUUUCUAUCAUUUUUGUUUGUUUUUGUUUUGCUUUUGUUUUUUUAGCCCUCAUGACAACGAAAUUGCCAUCUACGCAAAUUAGUUUUGACAUUGUGAUACAUGUAUUUGUUCUUUUUUUCUGUGUGUUUGUUACAAUCCGUUUUUUCCCAUUUUUUUUUUCUCUGUGAUAUUGGGGUUAUCCGCAUCCCCAGAUGACAAUAAAAAAGGAUAAAACUUUAUUUCGAAGAGUGUUAAGGUGAAAUUUAUUGUCAUAUACGUUUAAGGAUACAGUAUCUAGUUAAUAGUUUCACAGGUGCAGCUUAAAACGUUGUUAAGGAAAACGCACUGUUCGCAGGAAGUGGUUUCUACCAGCUAAAAAAAGUAGUCGGAUAUCAUUGAUUUGUUUUAGUGGUCAUGGCCUUGUUAUGAUAACUGUUUUUGCUUUAUAUCUAUAGGUUUAAGGACACUAUAUCUAAUUUAUAGUUUCACAGGAGCAAGCUUAAGAAUUGGUUUCUACCAGUUACAUUAAAAAUAAAUAAAAAAAUA